AUGUCACCCUUUAAAGACCUGAAAGAAGAGAACCUUGUACAAAACCCGGCAAAACACCUGCUUUUGUGGAUGCUAUGGCUUCGGUUUGGCAGAGCUAUGGCGGAGAAUCAACAUGGAAAAGUGGAGCCACCUUCAAGGAAGGGCAGCAGGGCGGGACCGCGGAGGGAAAGUGCCUUUGAGAAGCCUGUAGAGCUGGACGACGUGUUGGUCAACGAGCUCGGACAGUUUGGUCUCUUCCAACUGAGGAACAUACUCUUGGUCGCAUUGCCUAUAAUAGCAUCGGCGUUCAUGAGCGAGUAUAUAUUUUCAGCAGCCGCCGUUCCACACAGGUGUCAAAUUCCAGAAUGUGGUGAGAAUGGAAAAGACUUCGAGUAUAGGCCUGAAUGGAUUUUGAACGCAGUUCCCGAGACGAGCACCGAUUUCGCUAGUUGUGAGAGAUUCUCUCCGACUGGUGGCAACGGUACCUUAGACUACUGCCCCGCCAAUCUUUUCGACAAACAGAAUACUAUCCCCUGUGACGGUUACGUAUAUGGAAGGACCAAUUCUGUUGUGUACGAUUUUGAUCUUGGAUGCCAGGAAUGGCUUCGAGCUCUUGCUGGAACCCUUAGCAGUGUGGGCACCUUACUAGUGCUCCCCAUCACUGGUUACAUUUCUGACAGAUUCGGUCGGCGUGUGGCCCUCGUCAUAAGUGUCUUCAACUUGGCAUUAUUCGGACUCAUCCGAGCUUUCUCCGUAAACUACACCAUGUACCUAAUUUUGCAACUCAUGCAGACGACGUUUGGAGCGGGAACUUUCAGUUCUGCGUAUAUCUUCGCGGCGGAAUUGGUUGGACCCAAGUAUCGUGUAAUCACUAGUGCCACAUGUUCUUCGAUGUUCGCCGUGGGCCAAGUAGUGCUCGGAGGGGUGGCGUGGGCCGUGGAGCCGUGGCGGCACUUGAUCAUGGCUCUUCACAUUCCAUGCUUUCUCAUCAUCGUCUACUUCUGGAUUCUGUGUGAGAGUGUCCGCUGGCUGUUGUCGAAACAGAAAUACGCAGAAGCUCGCGAAGUACUAGAGAACGUGGCGAGGGUUAACAAGACGCACAUCAGCGAAAAAUCAAUGCAAGCUCUGAUGAGUCCACCACCUCGAAAUGAGUCAACGGACAGUAAGAGUAUGAUCAAAACGAUCAUAAGCUCGCGGGUGCUGCUGCGUCGCGUUUGUACAACACCCAUCUGGUGGAUCACGACGACAUUUGUCUACUACGGUCUAUCCAUCAACUCGUCCAGCCUCUCGGACGGCAUACACCUGAACUUCAUUUUGACAUGCGCCAUCGAGAUCCCCGGCUACAUCACCGCCGUCCUAAUUCUGGAUAGGAUCGGCAGGAAGGCCACAUUGUCAGGCGGAUUCUUUCUGAGCGCUGCGUGCAACAUCGCGUUUGCUUUCAUACCUUCUGAUCUGUCUAUUCUGCGAUUGAUCGUAUAUCUUCUGGGCAAGUUCGGCAUCUCGGUGGUGAUGACGUCAUUGUAUCUAUUUACGUCUGAACUCUACCCUACGGAGUUCCGGCACAGCUUGCUGGCUUUCUCCUCGAUGGUUGGCAGGAUUGGCUCCAUCAGCGCACCACUCACACCCGCCUUGAUGGAAUACUGGCACGGUAUCCCGUCCAUGAUGUUCGGAGUCAUGGGUCUGCUCUCUGGACUCCUGGCGCUCACGCAGCCGGAGACCCUCGGCACUAAGAUGCCCGACACGCUGGCAGAAGCGGAGGCACUCGGCAGGCCCGAGUCCAAACUGCAAAUG